AUGAAAUCAACUCUUCUUUAAAAUAUUAUAAAAAGGCAAGCAAAUUCUAAUGGAUUAAAGAUACACACACCAGUUUAAACAUUAUUGUAACUAGAUUAACCUCCAAAAGGAUUUUAUAGUCCAUAAUUUUUUGAAAAAAAUAAAAAUGAAAUUCAUAUUUAUGAAUCAAUUGAAGAAAAGAUGAAAUAUCAUUUUCUUAAUCCAUAAUCAUGUUUUGAUACAGAUAAUUAAACUGAUAUGUAUUAUCCUUAUAUCAAUAACAUGAAAAUUAAUAGAGAUUUGCAUCUUAUAUUGGCAGAGGCCUAUUUCGGUUCAACUAAACCUAAAACUGCUAUUCUAGGUACAUAAACAACUUCUAGAUUAAUCAGAUAUAUUUAGGAUUUGAAUUAUGAUCCAGUUGGCUGCGAUAGCAAAAGGAACUUUUUAGAUUUCACAAAUUAUAUUUUAAAUCUUAAUGGGCUUUAAUCUUAAAAAUUAUUCUAAAUGGAUAAAUAUGAAUAUCUUUCAGGAAAGAAGUUUGAUUUCAUUGAAAUUGAAGACAUUUUUCGCAAACCAUUCAAUUUAUUAGUUCCAGCACUUAAAGCUAUAAAUGAUGGUGGAUUAUUGAUAUAUACAAUUUUAUAGUUUGUUCCUAAUACAAAAUUUUUUGGAAAGCAAACUAGACAAUAAAUCAAUUUUUUUCCAAAUGAUAUUUUUUGUAAUUCAGAAACCAUAAUUUAAGGAACACUUGCUAAAUUUGAACAAGUUGCUCAUGAUCUUGGUAAACAUAUUGAACCCCUCUAUACAUAAGCAACCGCAAAUUAAGUUGGACAUCUAACAUUAUGUAUGUCAAUAAAAAAUGGAAAAAAAUAAUUAAAAUAAUAUCAUCCAUUUUGCUCUACUUGUGGUAGAUAUUCAAAUGGUUGUGAAUAAUCUUAAAUGUGUUCUAUAACAGGAUCGGGUCCAUUGUAUAUUUAAAAUUUAGAUUAAAACAAAGAAUUUUUGAAGAAAUGCCUAACAAUUAAUAAAUAUACUAAUUGGGAAUUUUUAUAAAAAAUAUUUCAAUAAAUUUAUCAAAUUCCCUCAGAUACUUAUCCAUUUUAUAUUAAUAAAUAUGUGAAAUAUGAGAAGUCCUUUUCAUUUUAUGAAUAAUUAGGAAAUAAUGAAGGAUAUUUUGUAGGUAAAUCUCCUUAUCAUAAUAUGCCAACUAUUUAUACUAAUAUGCCUUGGAAUAUUUUAAUGGGCAAAGUUCAUUAAUUUGUAAUAUUUUUGCAUAUUAUUAGUGUAUUGAAAGAUAGUAAUAGCCUUCUUCUUAUGUGGCCUCUUUCCCAUUAUAACCUUUAGCUCCUCUAAAUCUUGAGUUAGCAUAAAGAAUACAUUAUGAUGAAGAAAUUUAUUUAUAACCACUUCCAAGGUAGUUAAAAUCAAAAAGAUAAGAAGAAUAUGGAUGGUUACUUUGAUAAUUUGAAUUUUUUUAACCAAUUAUAAUAAACCAG